ACCCGAAAGUCUUGCGCGGAAAUUUAUACCAUAUUGGCUGAAAUGGAUCGUUGGUUGAACCGCGUUGCUGUUGUUACAGGCGCCAGUUCUGGCAUCGGCUCGGCCUGCUGCAAGGACCUAGUGGCCAAGGGCAUGGUUGUCGUAGGAUUGGACCGUCGGCAGGAGCGUAUGGAGCAGCUGAAAGAAUCCCUGCCGGCGGAUCAACAGGUUCGCUUUCAUGGCCACAAGUGUGACGUCAGUGAGGAGCAGCAGGUGGUUGACGCUUUCGCCUGGGUGGAAGAGACCCUCGGAGGAGCAGACGUUUUGGUGAAUAGUGCGGGAGUUUUCACCGGCUCCCUGCUUACGGAUGCCGGCAACAGUGCUGACGUGCGUUCCGUUCUGGACACUAACGUCCUGGGAUUCGUCUGGUGCGCCCGAGAGGCUUUCAAAUCGCAGCAGAAGCGCAAUGUGACCGACGGCCAUGUGGUGGUCAUUAACAGCGUUGUGGGCCACAAAAUUCCCCACAUACCGGGAUUUGGCUACAAGAUGUAUGCUCCACCCAAGUUCGCUGUCACCGCUAUGGUGGAGGUGCUGCGUCAGGAGUUUCAGCAGAAGAAGACACAGACAAAGAUUACCAGCAUCAGUCCCGGACGAGUCGACACCGAGUUCAUUGAUGAAAAAAUCAAGACGAUGUUAAACCUUCCAAUGUUGCGUCCCGAGGAUGUUGCCGAUGCAGUUUCCUAUUGUAUCCAGACGCCUCCCAAUGUGCAGAUCCAUGAGCUGACCAUCAAACCAAUCGGUGAACCAAUUUAGAUGAUACUUUAACGGAAUUGGACAAUUUAAGAACUCUAAAGCGAGUUAUAUGUAUUAUGGGUAUCAGGAUGGAAAGUGAAAACCACACAAAUCCGGAUUUAUGUAAAUAAAGAAAGCUAAGCUUGUGGUAUUUAGAGAGAAAAUAAAUGAAGAUGUUACCAAUA